AUGGAAUUUACAAACAUAAACAAUGAAAAUUCCUUUGAUCCAACACCAAAAUUGAAAUCUAGUCCUAUACCAAUUAAAUUUGUUUCUUUUAAUCAUGAAGAUAUAAAAUGUAUUAAUUGUGGAGAAAAUUAUAUAAAGGCACAUUUUUAUUGGCAAUAUUAUUGCAAAAAAUGCUUAAUAAGUUAUCUUAACGAAGUAACUGAUAAUAAUUUAUACUUAGACGUAUAUUACACAAUGAAAGUAAAAUGUGAUGAACAUGAAAUAAGUCAGAUAAAAGUACCAAAAACUAAUCAAGAAUGUUGUGGUAAUUGUUUGAUAAUUUCAUAUUUUAGACAAAUAUCUACUUAUAACUAUCAAAUGAUCGAAAGUGAAAAAGAUUGUGUAUUGUGUGGGAAAUCAUUAUAUCAAGGAAAUGACAAAAAGAUUACUCGUCAGUGUAAAUUAUGUUCAGAUUGUUAUUUAAUUUCUUCUGAAUAUAUAGAAUCAACCUUGGUUAAAAAGAAGAUUUUCAUUCUUUAUUUACCAUGGUGGCAUGUUGAUUUUUGGUGUAAAAAUUGUCUAUCAGAAUUAAUAUUUACAUCAGAUUGUCAGAAAUAUUGUGAACAUUGUCUCAUAUUUUAUGUUGGAUGCAGAUACUGUCUAACAACAAAUAUUGUUUUUGGACUUACGGGUCAAACACAAUGUAAAAAAUGUAAAAGAAUAUCACUCGUCAAAAAUGGCGAUAGAGAACUUGAUGAUUUUCUUCUUAAUAGUAAUAUAUAUGAUAAUUUAAAGUUAUCUGAAUUCAUGAAUACCGUAAAGAGUAUAGACAAAUAUUUUGAUCCAUUAAGUUUAUUUAACUCUAUCUUUGAAAAAAAAAGUAUUAUAGAACCAAUUAAAUGGAUACCAUAUUCUCAAUUUACAAAUGUAAAAGAAAUGACAAGAGGGGGAUUUGGCAUUAUAUACCAAGCAACUUGGUUAAGUAAUAAUGAAACCGUUAUUUUAAAAAGAUUUGAAGAUUCUAAAAAUAUUGAUAAAUAUUUUUUAAAUGAGUUAAAAUCAUUUCAAUAUUGUUUUGGAUUAGACAACGAACAUAUUAUCAAGCCUUAUGGCUUUACAAAAGAUGCUGAAUUAGAGGAUUACAUAUUAGUUAUGAAAUAUGCAGCAGAAGGAGAUUUACACAAGUAUUUGCAAAAUAAUUUUGCGAAAAUUACAUGGGAUAAACAAAAACUAGAUAUUUUAUGGCAAAUUUCAAAGGGUCUUGAAACAAUUCAUAAUAAAGAUUUUAUGCAUCGAGAUUUUCAUAGUGGAAACAUAUUAUUUGAUUGUUCUAGUGAUGAAGAAUGGGAAGAUAAUAAUUAUUUUCAAUGGAAAAUUACAGAUUUAGGAUUAUCACAGUCUGUAAAUAAUAAAUUAUCAAAUAAUGAAAUAUAUGGAGUGAUACCUUAUAUUGCACCAGAAAUAUUUAAAGGAUCUAAAUUUUCAAAAGAAACUGAUAUUUAUAGUUUUGGUAUGAUCAUGUGGGAACUUACAACAGGCUGUAAACCUUUUGCUAAUGUUGAACAUAGUAUUAGUCUGAUUUUUAAAAUUCUUGAUGGAGAACGACCCAAAAUUACAGAAGAUACACCUGAAUGCUAUGCUAAUUUAAUGAAAAGUUGUUGGCAUUCUGAUCCUCAAAAAAGGCCUUCAAUAAAAAAAAUUCGUUUCACUAUUGGUAAUUGGAUUUUUAAAAAUAAAAAUAAUGAAGUAUUUAAUCAAGCAGAGGAAAAAAGAAUAGAAUUGGUAAAAUUGAAGAAGAUUGGGCCAGAAUUUACUGAAAAUCGUCAUUCGGAAGCCAUUUAUACAAGUAGACUAUUAAGUGCUUUAAUUUCUAAAUGUGCAUCAACCAAUUCAUCUUCUUCAAUUUCAUUUGAUAACAAAAAUGAUUAUAAUCAUGAUUAUAUAUCAGCCGAACAAGAGCUUGAUAUAGACCUUAAAAGUUCUAUGAUUCAAAAUUCUUCAACCUCUUUAAAAAAGAGAAGUAAUGAAGUGUUUUUAAAUACUGAAAUUCACGAUAAUGGUGGUAAAUGUUUACUUUGA